AUGUCUAAAGCCAUAUACAUCUCACCCAUUGAUGGGAAGCCGGGCAAGCCUGGUCAGGUUUACUACCCGCUUACCGUGCGCAAUCUGCCCCAGCCUUCCCCGCAAGGGCGAGAGCUGCUGGUCAAGUUGACUGCUGCCUCUCUGAACCACCGGGAUCUUUUCCUUCGACAGCAUCUGUACCCUGGUGUAUCAUUUGAUGUUCCUCUCUUGGCAGAUGGUGUGGGAGUGGUUGUCGGGGCUGGUCCCCAGGUGGCCAAUGCCGAGAAAUGGCAAGGUAAACGCGUGAUCCUGAACCCAGGCGUGGGCUGGAAAGACUCUCCCGAUGGACCGGAGGAGCCCACGGGAUAUCGCAUCAUGGGCGGCACCAAGGUCUAUGAAAAGGGUACCCUGCAGGAGUACGUCACCAUUGAAGAAUCGGAGGUGGAGGAAGCACCUGCUCAUCUGUCGGAUGCUGAGGCUGCGGCUCUACCGUUGACGGGCCUGACCGGCUGGCGAGCGUUGGUCUCUAAAGCGGGCGAAAAGAACUCGGGCAAGGGUGCAGUCAUUUUGAUCACCGGCAUUGGCGGCGGUGUUGCCUUGAUGGUUCUGCGAUUUGCCGUUGCUCGGGGGGCUCAUGUCUUCGUCACAAGUUCUAGCCAGGACAAGAUCCAAAAAGCAAUUGACCUUGGUGCCGCGGGCGGUGUCAGUUACAAAGAGGAUGGCUGGGAUAAGAAGUUGCUCGGGAUGCUGCCUUCGGGGAAGAAGAGCUUUGACGCAGUUAUUGAUGGUGCGGGAGGUGAUGCGGUUGAGAAGGCCACUCGGCUUCUGAAGGCCGGCGGAGUUCUCUCGGUUUAUGGCAUGACCGUUUCUCCUAAGAUGCCCUUCACCAUGCAAACCGUGCUCAAGAACAUUGAUGUCCGUGGGUCAACUAUGGGGUCACGAAAGGAAUUCAAGGAAAUGGUGGACUUCGUUGCGAGCAAGAACAUCCACCCUGUCGUUUCCCGGGUGCUGAAGGUUGACAUUGAUGACCUCGCCGCUAUUGAUGAUCUCUUCGAGGACAUGAAGCAGGGCAAGCAGUUUGGUAAAUUGGUCAUUGAAUUCGGGAAGCAAAAUGGCAGCAAGUUGUAA